UUGUGCAUGCCUAGUGUACACUUGCGGCAUGUUUUCCUAAAAUGAUAGUCAAUAAAAAACAGACGUGGAGACAUCAACAAUUAAAACAAGUGCAUUUGACCACAGCAAUAAAAUCAAAUAGCACUUACGUAAAGUCAUAAAUGUGAAGCAGCCUUUGGAACAGAUUUGUUUUUGCAACAUUUACAUUGUAAUCGAUUGGCACAGUGAGUGCAAUUUAUUGGAGCAACAACUUGUGCCUGCUGUUUAUCGAUUUGUGUUGGUCAAAACAGCUUGGUUGUUCUCCUGCAGCCUGAAGAGACAGCAAGCACCCUGUAUUAGUGCGUAUGACGAACUCUCAGCGUUUGGUACUCCCUUCGCUGCAGGCGUGUCGAAUCGAACGCGUAAAUUAUGCAAAAGCCCAUUGCAUUGCGAUACAUUUAAAUUAAAAACUAAAAAAAAGAAAGAUCAAAACAAUCGCAACAAUAGUUGCGAAAUAAAGCAAUAGGAAAAACAACAGCAAAAUGGACGUAGGCGCACAAGAAACCACAUACGAACCACUCGAAGGGCGCAGCGGCCGUGGCUCGGGCUCUGGCAUGAGGCAUCCAGCGAGCAUCGAUAGUCCCGAGUAUGAUACACGCGCCCCCAAGGACCAUCGGCAUGCCGUCUAUCUGGCACUGCUUGCAGCGGGCAUAGGAUUUGUUUUGCCAUACAAUAGUUUCAUAAUCGCUGCGGAUUAUUGGCAAGGUCGCUUUCCCGGCCGUCCCGUGGCGCUGGACAUGUCCAUGACGUACAUCUUUGUGGCCUUCAUCACGGUUUUGUUUAACAACAUUGUGCUCUCAUUGGCACCAUUCCAGACGCGCGUGCUCUUUGGCUACAUGGUGUCCUUUACCACAUUGAUCUUUGUGGCCGUCUGCGAGGUGGCCUGGCACAUGUUCGCCACGAAUACGGCGUAUGUGGUGAACAUGUCGGCUGUGGCACUGACAGCCAUUGGCUGCACUGUGCAGCAGUCCAGCUUCUAUGGAUUCGCCUCGAUGCUGCCCAAGCAAUACACACAGGCUGUGAUGGCUGGCGAGAGCAUUGCGGGAUUUCUGGUGUCUUCCAAUCGCGUGGUUACCAAAUUGCUCAUCAACAAUGAUCGCGUCUCGACGGUCAUCUUCUUUCUGACAUCCACGCUGUAUAUACUCUUCAGUUACCUGCUGCACUUGGCCACCAUCAAUUCGCCAUUUGUGCGAUUCCACGUGGAGGCGUGCUCCAAGAUCGUCUUGCGACCGGAUGACCAAGAGAUCGAUGGUGCCACCACCAGCGCCAAGUACGGCGUUCUUUCCAUGGAUGGCACUACGACAACCACAUCAGCUGGACCCCAUCAUUCCAACUCGAAUACAGCCAAUACGCUGAGCUUCAGCAAUCCUGUCUAUGAACUGUCUAAUCCCACGGCUGGAGAGAGCAUCAUUGAGGGCCUGGGACAAAUGCCCGAGCUGCCAGGCACACCGCAUGAGCCGGCUACACCCACAACUGUCGCCUUCAAGGUGGAACAUGUGAUAACGCCACGUCGCUGUCGACCCAGCAAGUUGGGCGAUAUACGUGAGGGAUUUGUGACGCGCUGGCGUGUGGCCCAGGUUAUCUAUCCGUACAUGGUGUGCAUUGCAUUGGCCUACUGUGUGACGCUUUCCCUGUAUCCCGGCAUCGAGGUGGAGGUCAAUUCGUGCUCCCUGCGCACCUGGAUGCCUGUCCUACUGAUGUUCUGCUUCAAUACUUCAGACGUCAUUGGCAAGAUACUGGCGGCCAGUCCAUAUCCCUGGUCGCGUCGUCAGCUGAUUCUGUUGUCCGGAUUGCGCAUUGUGUUGGUGCCGUUGUUUCUGCUGUGUUGUGCACCGCGACAUCGCCCGAUCAUCUCUGGAGAGACGGCGCCCUUUCUCUUCACCAUUGCACUGGGCAUCAGCAAUGGCCUGGCAGGCAGCUUGCCCAUGAUGUUGGCACCGGCCAAGGUGCCGGGCACCCUCAAAGAAGUCACCGGCAACAUAAUGACACUAUCCUACAAUAUUGGACUCACAGCAGGCUCCAUGAUUGGCUACCUGUUCGAGAACAUGUUGGGCCCCCAGCUGGAGAAUCCGUGUCCCAUGUAUCCAUAUACGCCACCCACCGGCAUGCUGGAUCACUACCACGGCCAUCUGCCCCCGCUGCUGCCCACCACCAGCUCAACACUGGCAGCAAACACAACACUUGCUCCAUUCUUGCUCAACACCACCAUGGCCAGCAUCAGCAGCACAGAGACAAGCUCCACCAGCGCCGUGUCCGUGCCCGCCCUGGCCACAGUGAUCACCACCACGGCUCUGGCCCUGUAUAGCACUGUAGCAACCACCAGCACGGAGUUGAUCAAUGCCACGGUCACCACGAUGCUGUCGGCGGUCUCCUCAUCGGUUGGCGAUAUGAGUGGAGAGCUGGGAGGCAGCACAACAGAUCCCCAAACGCCCGAGGCACUCUUGCAGGAGAUCUAAGUUGGACUCCAGUUUAAAUAUAUGUUUGUGCAGACUUAAAAGUAUCUACAAGAUACAUUUUAAAUAACCCCUUGGAUCUCAGACGAUCUGGAAAUGAUACGACCGAUAAGUCCAUAUGUAUGUCCAUAUAUAUUUGUACGAGUGUGGUCUGAGAGAUAUCCACAAUGAACGACUUGAACGACAAGAUGAAGCAGAUAGAAAAACCUGAAUUAUUAUAGUUGAUAUUUUAUGUCAGUUCGUAAACUUGUCAGACUACCCUCGUAUGUAUACAGUGCAAGUGGGAACGAAAAGAGUUAAAUCUCUCACAAUAAGGCUUUACGUCGAUAGCGAAACUCAUUUUCUUCAAAUGCAUGACAAAUGCAAAUAGAUCAGAUCGUAAGACAUAUAAUAGAAAAUCUAUCAAAUUAUCUCUGUACUUGUUUCAAAUACUCGUACUGCUAAUAGUAUUUAAAAAACUUUAAUUAUUUUGUUAACAUAUACUCAAAUUAAGAGCUCUAAUAUCCAAGUUAAUUUCGAGUUAGGUAAGAAAGCACAGUUAGAUAAGAGAAUUCUAUAUGUGUGUGUGCCUGUGCCUGUGUGCGUGUGCAAAUCUAUCUAUGUCUCUGCGUGUGUGUGUAAGUGUG